AUGAAAGAUAUACCCUAUGUUUCUGCUGUAGAGAGCCUUAUGUAUAUGCAAACAUGCACUCAGCCCGAUAUCAGCUUUACUGUUAGAAUGUUAGGCAGAUAUCAAAGUGACCCUGGAAUGGAUCACUGGAAAGCUGCAAAGAAAGUCAUGCGCUACUUACAGGGAACCAAGGAUUAUAUGCUCACAUAUAAAGGAUCCGAUCAGUUAGAAGUGAUUGGAUAUUCUGACUUCGAUUAUGCCGGAUGCAUUAAUAGCAGAAAGUCCACAUCUGGUUAUAUCUUUCUGCUUGCUAAUGGGGCUAUUUCAUGGAAAAGUGUUAAGCAGACAUAUGUCUUUACUUCUACGAUAGAAGCAGAGUUUGUGGCGUGCUUUGAGGCCACUACUGAAGCAAUUUAG